AUGUCUGCCGCUGUCACCAAUCCCCUUCCCCAACCUGAUGCUAAGGGAGCAAAGAAGAAGCGCGCCAAGGGCGAGAACUCUUCCACCGUCUCCGGAGCUGUGACAGAUCCCCCAAAUCCCGCAACCCCUACGACAGAAUCUGCUCCAAAUGGAGUGGCUGGCGCCCAUGAGCCCGGCUUUCUGAAGGAUCUGCACAAGAGCCAUCGGAAUGCUGUCAAGAAAUUGAAUGCCACUUCCAAAGUUGAUAACAUCAUUGCGGAAAACCCGAACAAGUCUCUCGAUGAACUAGUGGCAGAGAAGAAGAUCAAUGCGGACCAAAAGGCCCAAGUCUUAAAGAAACCUUCCCUGCAAGCGGCCGUAUUCCAAAUUGAGGAGCAAAUAAAUCAGUACAAGCAAUAUGGGCAAUAUUAUGAAGACCGCCUCUCCAGCCAGAAAAUCGAAAUAGAAAAGGCCCACAAAGAUGAGUUGAAAGUCCUUAAAGAAAAGGUUGCUGCAGAGAUAUUAGAAUCUGUUGAAAAAGAAUUCGAACAAAGAUUGUUGGUGCUCAGCCAAUUUUUGCGCGCUGCUGCGGCCAUGAGACGCUCUGGAGACGAAACUUCAAGUGAUAGCCGAGCUUUUGAAGGCGCGUUGUUCCAGGUCUAUGGGGGAACAGAGGAGGCAGUCAGCGCUAUGGUUAAACUGAUCAACGGCACGGAUGACAUUGUUCCAAGUGUUGAUGCGGAGCCUCUCGACGUCCCAUACUCGAGGGUCAAACAAGCUUCUCUAGAAUAUAUCCCCCCCGCUACUGAAGCGUGGACUGAGGAGACUCAGCCAUCCGAAUCAGCUUCUGCUGCCGGAACCAAUGUCGUGACCGAUCCUACAAUCGCUCAUGCCGGUCUAACUGAACUUCAGGACCCUCCUUUAGCUGCUCAACAAGCACCUACGACCAACGGAUUCCCAACUUCUGGAACCCCACACCCAGAUGAAAUUUCUUCUGCCCCAAGCCAAUCCGCUGUUAACAACGAAACGGCAAACCCAAGAGCUCAAAUGAGGUGGGAUAAUCAAGGAUCAAAAAUGUCCGCUUCGACCACCGCUGAGGGAUGGGUCGAAAUCGAGAAAGCUGAUGUAGAAGGUACAUCAACAACAACAGCAACACAAGGUGUGCAUCCAACACUCCCCACCUCUGGUAGCUGGGCUGAAGAUAUUCCAGUGCAAACCUCCGUCGCAGAUGGAGCUUCUCCAGAGCCAAAUGACGGUUUCAAACCGGUCGUCAGCCACCACGCCAGGCAAAAUAGUGGACGUGGUAGAGGCUUCCGUGGCCGUGGCGGGCCUCGUGGUGAGGGGUUCCGGGGUCGUGGAGGAUUCCGUGGGGAUCGCGGCGACUAUCGCGGGCGCGGGCGCGGUCGUGGUGGUGAAUACCGUGGCCGCGGCGGGCGUGGUGGGUAUAAUAACGCGCAGGGACCUCCACAACAGUCCCAUGCUGCCCAAGCUCCUGCGGAGCACACGGCAUAG